ACCAUCCACACCACACCCAUGGCCUGCUACGACCUCUGCCGACCCUGCGGACCCACCCCGCUGGCCAACAGCUGCAACGAGCCCUGUGCCCUGCAAUGCCAGGACUCCCGUGUUGUCAUCCAGCCUUCCCCUGUGCAGGUCACCCUGCCAGGACCCAUCAUGACCUCCUUCCCCCAGAACACCGCUGUCGGAUCCACCUCCUCGGCUGCUGUCGGUAGUGAACUCAGUGCCCAGGGACAGCCCAUCUCUGGUGGAUUUGGUGGCUUUGGCUAUGGCCUUGGCUAUGGCCGUGGAUUUGGCUAUGGGCUGGGAGGCCUGGGCUGUUAUGGCAGAAGGGGUGGCUACAUCUGCUAAGGACCCUUGGCAUCACCAGCUCGGUGCUCUGGCAACAGCUCCUGCAAGCAAAGCACCUCGGCUGAUCCUCGCCCUACUCGCACCUCACACUCAAUCCCUUCUACUUCUUUCUCCUUUCUCUUCAUUCUUACGCCUCAAUAAAGUUUUUCUGCAUCAAAG